AGCAAGGAGAUAAAUUCAGGACUCAGUGUACAGAUUAGUGGCAGAGCCCAAUUGGAGUUUUUUCGUGAGAAAAAAGCUAGCGAAGACAGACAAAUGUGGUGGUUAGAAACUAAAAUAUUUGCUUUUUCUUUUCUCUUUCUGCUGAGGCGCGCUCGAAUGUUGAGGCUCCCCCAGCAGCAGAAAAAUCCCGCUGAGUUUCCCCGGCGACCUUGCAGGGGGUCUGCGGAGAGACGACGGCUUCAUCCGCACGCUUAAUCGAACGACCACGAAGCAAUCAGAAUUUGAAAAAAAGGCCAUAACAAUAUUAAUAAACCAUUAAUCCAGAAUAAUAACUCCGUCAAUCCUUUUCAGAACCUUCUUUUAUCCCCAGGUUACUCAGUUGUCGAUUGCUCUUCCUCUUUGUCACACCUCACUACUGCCUUCUGCCUGGUUCCUGGCCCUGGACGAGCCCGCAUUGUUUCGAGAACUUGGUCCGUUCGGAAAUCUUACGAUAAUACAAGACUGCCUGCUCUUUUCUUGUAAAUACUCAGGCAUAAGAGCUAGCCGUCCUGGUUUAUAAUCCCCCACAAAAACAUACAUUAAUUCGAAUUCAGCAGCUUAUCUUACUUGAGCUACGCCGCUUUCCACCACUUACACCACCAAUUCGACUAGUUGGGAUAUUUUUAAGAUCUUCCAGGCAGAACCACCUACCUCAACAACCUCAACAGGUGCAACGUUGGGAUUGGGGCCCAAGUGCCACCCCAAUAUAUGGCUGAUCAUGAAGACAUCCCCCAUUGCUCCUAGAUCUCGACUGGUACGGAUUGUUCAAAGGGUAUAGGAAGUAUUGUCAUAGAAUCUACAGGACAGAAAAUUUGAGCUGUCCUCUAAGUUUCAAUUACGCAUAUACGCUCAAUAUUCACGACAUUUGCAUGCACUUCGCGAUCUGACUUUACUUUUUUCGCCGCAAGAAUGGACGGACCCCCGCCACCUCCCCCACCUCAUGGGACUCCACCAGGAGGUAGGCCACCUCCCAAUGCAAACGGCGGAUACCGCAAAUCGACAGACCUUCCGGAAGGGCCAUAUGAUAUUUUCAUUGUUCCUCCCCAUUCAUCAGGCUCUGGCUUCAUAUACCUACCCUCCCUGCAAUGCCACAGGAACAGCUUUCUGGCAGGAGUUGCGGCCACUUUGGUUGGAGUUGCAGUAUACGUGUGGGUGGUGCCACUUAUGAAAACUUGGGUUUCAACCGUUGCUCAAAGUGGUGACACAAGCGUCUUUUUGAUUGUUAUAGUGGUUGGAGUUGCUAGUUGGGCAUGGGGAAGGUCACAGAUACAUCUCAGCGGAACACCCCCACCGCCCCCACGAGGUAGCCCUAGGUCUCCUCCCUCUCCUCCUCCCCCAGGGGGAGGAGGAGGUCCGCGAGGUCCACAGCACGAACCGCCUCCCUCAUCAGGCCCUAAUCAUAACUCCGGGGGAGGACCCCACUAUCAAAACUUCAAUAGUCAGUACCCAGGGGGAGGCUAUGGGAAUGGCCCUAACCCUGGUGGACAAUACAACGGUGGCCCGUUCCCCGGGAGCCAGUAUCCUGGAGGCCAUCGGUAUACACAAGGAGAAGGAACUCCGGGAUCUAGCGAAUCCCCUCCACCACCUCAACCUCCCCCACCGCCCCAAUCCCCUCCAGACCCACCACCAGCCACACCGCCCAAGCAGCCUCAGAAUGACACUCCCAAACCGAAAGACACAGACUGGGAGAAAGCGAGGGAAGAAACAAAGCGAAAAGAAGACAUAAGACGGAAGAUGGAGGAGUUCCGGAAGAAGAGAGAGGAGGAGGAGAAGGAGAAACAAAGACAACGAGAGAAGGAGGCACGAGAAAGGGAAUUCCGUGAGAGGAAGGAGAAGAGAGAAAAGGAACGGCUUGCUAAGGAAGCUGAGGAAAAGGAGGCUGCAGAGAAAGCUGCCAAAGAAAAAGCAAGGCAAGAAGCUGCUGCUCGGUUCGCCGCUGCUCGAGAGGCGGCUGCUGCCAAGAGAGCUGCAGACAAGGCAGCCGCGGAAAAACUUGCAGCUGAGAAGCUCGCAGCUGAGAAACUUGCGGAAAAACUUGCGGCAGCGAAGUUGAUGGCGGAAAAGUUGGCAGCGGAGAAAUUGGCAGCGGAGAAACUGGCAGCGGAGAAGCUAGCAGCAGAGAAACGAGCAGAAUCGGUAAAGCAGGCACCAUCCCCAAAAACUCCCCCAAGAACGCCUUCUCCGCAGAAAAAACCGCCGCCAUUCCCAUCUGCUAGAACUGAACUUGACGACGACGCAUACUCAUUUCGUCCCUACGAUCGACCCAAGAAACAACCAUCCGCACCCUCGGUAUUCUCAGAGUCAUCAUAUGCACCGUCGCAAUCGACAGCACGAACAACUCCACCCCCCUCUCGACGAGGACCAUAUUCCACCAAAGACCCCGAUAAGAUCAUUAUUUCUGGUGUGUAUGUAUUCAACAACACUUUUAUGAGGACACCCGUUGGACAACUGGUGUCCGGGAAGGGACACGUGACCGAUGGUUUAAUCCUGCGCAUCACGACUGAAGGAAUGUUCGUAGACGAUGAUAUUAGAGGCGUAGCCCAACGCGAAUGGGACAUCAAGGCAUGGACAAUGAAGCUUGUAGAGGUAUGGUGCCCCCAGCUCGGUACGAACCCUCCUCCCACCCGCCCAAGCCCCGUGAAGGCAAAUCCCUUCCGGUUCAGCACGUCCUACGCGCACAAGGUUCCCAGCAGUGAGGAAUCUGACGCGUAUCUGGCAAACCUGCACAGGUCUUGCAAGAACCAGUGCCGGCUGGGGGCUACGUCUUCCGGAAUGGGACCCCUCAAUGGCAAUAGCAAAAGCAGAAUCAUUGAUGAUGGAGACCUCCUGCAGAGCGCGGAAUUGCGUGGCUUCCACGUCGUUCGUGCAAGCCUCAGAGACCAGGAAGGCAAGAAAUAUGUCUUCGUCUUGCAGGAGACUGAGGCUUGGAAAGUAGCAAUCGGGCUGCAGCGUUUGAAGAAAGGGAGUCAAGUUAGGGCAUUGGGUGUGUGUGGCUUGCCUGCUAACGAGACCAAUGCUGUUCUUGAGAGUCUGGGGUAUAUCGCAAAUUGAUGGUGAUGGUAGUUUUCCAACUGCCCUUCAGGUCAGCGAUCAGAUAACCUCCAGUCGCCACAUCCCUGAAUUCUUGUGUUUGUCACCCUGCGGCUUGUUCAAUUCUUGUGUCUAUUUCCUGUUGUUUUCGAUGAUUUUCUUUCUUCCUUGUUUCAGCCCUUCGCCAGGCACAUCCAUAAUAUGCAUCUUCUCAGGUCAUUUUAGCGAUGGAGUUUAGAGUGCAUAUAUCAUUCAUUCGCUCAGUCAUCCUUUUGUCCUCUGGCGCGCAUUCUCUUUAGAUGACUCCCCUGCUGCAAUAGCCCUUUCCAUGUUUUUAAAGUUACCUGGCGUUUGAUGAUUACCAUUCUCCUCACCACCUAGUCGUCGGUCUUACCUUCCUUUAUCUGUCUUUAAGCGUCCCCAGUUCUGUUUUUGUUUUUCUGUUUUUUUGUUUUUUGUUUUUUUUUUUUUUUUUUUUUUUUUUUUUUUUUUUUUUUUUUUUUUUUUUUUUUUUUUUGUUUUGGCAUGGAACUCGUUUUUGCCGCCCCGUACAUCUAUGACCUCGAGUUAUGUGUGAACGCAUGUUGCCAUAGACCAAUUUGGUCUGGACAUCAUACGCUGGUGUGUACAGUGCACAUAAUUUUGGAAAUAUUCUAGUUAAUACCUUUGGGAAAUAUUUUUUUUGAUAUUUAUAGUUUUUUAGUCGCACCUAGCUCAUUGACUUCUUUUCCUUGACCAUCAAUUAGUCCCCCGCUGG